AUGCUACCUUUGUUCCCCUACAGCAGCCUCUCUCCAAACCAUUGGUCAGAGGUGCUUUGUACAGGCGUGAGUGCUGGCGGCGAGAAGGAAUGGGAAUUGGUCUGGAACGAGUACCUGAAUUCCAACACUACGCAGGAGAGAACCAGUUUCCUUACCGCUUUAGCAUGCAGUGAAAAUGCCACUAUUUUGUCGAGCAAGAAGCAACACAGAGGAUACUUGCUGAAUAAAAUAACCCAUUUUUUAAAUACGAAUCGUGACCUGGCAGACCUGCAAGCGUUUUUGCAAGACAGGAACACCGAUCUGACAGAGGUUGCAAGAACCGCUGAACAGGUGUUGGAAAGAACCAAAAACAACGUCAUGUGGAUGGAGGCGAAUGUCCCCGAGAUUGUUAAGUUUCUGGAAGAUCAUGGUUAUGCAUCUCCAGAGGCCCUUUGA